AUGACCAUUGUAUUUGAUUCACAAAACAACGUGAAACAACCGAGGGGAAACUCUGAUUGGGAUAAUGAGGCUUGCAUCAUUGAACACAUUUCGGCAAGUUUUAACCACAUUCGAAUUGAGAAGAUUCAAGGAAGAAUCAUUUUUCGCGUAACAAAUGAAGAACCUGAGAAUGGUCAAUGCGAAGACAUCGAUGAUUCCUUACAUGACUUACCCUUUUCGAUCUUGGAAGUUUCGCAUGUGCGUGAAACGACCAUAAAUUCACUCAUAGGUGAAAGGUCGCAUUCGGACUAUUGUAAUACUAAUAAAAAUGCAAAAUCCGGCUGGAAUCAAUUAUGGCAAUAG